GUCAAACUGCAACGAGUAAAAGCCGGGUUGUUGUCUACACGAUGUGCAAAAAAGUAGAGCAACAACCGGCGAAUUUUUUGUUACUACGCGCGAUUUAUUGAUCACACGCAUUUUGUUGUACAUUCUGCACAUGCGAAUAAAAAUGAUCUCAGCGUAUAAUCUCACCAAUUUCCCCUUCUUCUGCCUAUGUAUAGCCGCGAUCUUAAUGUUUUUCUUCACAUUAAUCACAUUUCGCGGGAACUCCUUAAACAACUCCAUCCCGGAUGCGGAGCCUCCGCGAAAGGUCAACCCUAAAAUCUUAUUACCAGAUGAAAUUUUCCCCGAUAACACCGAUGACGAAAUUAUAACCGCCUCGGGGAACCGCUUCCCGGUACAUUUAGUGCGGUAUUAUCCGCGGGAACCGGAGAAGCCGGCGAAUAAUUUAUGCUGGGUGGAGUGUUUAGCGCUAAUGUCCAUCUUUUUAUAUAUUAAGGCAGACCAUGUUUACGUGCAUACGAAUUAUCCAGAUUUCUGGCCGUUCGAUUCCUGCGGACAUAUGAUGGUUAAUUGGACUAGUAUCCAGCUGGUCAACAGCCGGCGACGGUUUACGGUUAACGGGAAACGCCUGAACCCGUCGGAGUUUUAUAUGGCGCACGAAGCGGAUCUGGCCAAGUUUAUUGCGCUGUAUAAAUACGGCGGGAUUGCGCUGGAUUUUGAUGUGUUUAUCCUGCCGAAUAUUACCAAACUAUUAUCGCGGUUGGAUUCGUACGAUUGUGUGGCGUCGCGGGAGCCGGACAAGCUGAACAGCGGCUUCCUGGCGUGCCAUCCCGGCUCCCCGUUCAUCGGCGACAUCCUGCGGCGGUACGUGAGUGACUACAAGCCGGAGCAGUGGGUGUACAACAGCGGCGAAGUGCCCUGGCAGAUCUACUCCACUUCCUCUAUCUACCAACGCACCGUUUUCGUCGACGACCAGAUCAACGACCAUCCCGACCACGCCCACCGCGAACAGAUGUGGGAAGAGCGGGGCAUUGUGAAUUGGCGGGAUAAACCGGCCUACCAUUCCCUAUUCCACAACUGCUCCUUCGGAGAGCGCGCCAUGAUAGAGGGCACCAGCAGUCUCACAGAUUUGAUGCGUGCGGUGUUCGAUGCCGGGCGGACGUCAUCGGUUCUCAUGACGAACUGAUCCAUUUUGACCUCAGCGUUUUCUUAGAUUUCUUAGGUUUCUUAGGUUAUCUUCUUUUACUCUGUAUUUUUACGUAGGCGCUGCACGGUUGAAACCGGCAAGUCUAAUAUACUGUAACAUGACAAACGUAGUCUGUCUGUAGACUCGUACCAUAUUAGUAAAGAUUCCGUCUCUGGACUACGCAAAGUUACAAAAAUGAUUCUUUAUGUUC